AUGUCUUUUCGAAACACUUCGCCACCCGCUCACGCCCGCCCCGGGCAGCAUUCCGACGAGGAUGACCGCACAAGAAGACUUCUCCGAUGGGUCUUCGCCCGGAAGGAUCUCGACGAGAUUCGCGGAAACCCGGACAAAGUCCUUGCUCUCAUUGAUGAAUUCAGCGAGACAGAGCGCAUGAUGACCGUUGGUCAGGACAAGGGCAAGUAUGUGCUUGAUCUCAUUAACGAGGUUAAGCCCGGCACUAUGAUUGAGCUUGGUUGUUUCGUCGGAUACUCCGCCAUUAUGUUUGGCGAUGCGUGUCGUCGAAACGGUGGCCAGCGUUACCUCAGUCUGGAGCUGAACCCAGAGUGGGCUGCUGUGGCUAACAUGCUGGUUGAACUUGCCGGUCUUCGCAGCUUCGUCACCAUCCUGGUGGGGCGCAGUGACGUGACCUUGGAUAAACUCUAUCAAACUGGCGAUGUGAAGGAGAUUGAGCUUCUUUUCAUUGAUCAUUAUAAGCCUGCCUACCUGACUGAUUUAAAACUGUUGGAACAUCAUGGUCUGAUUCAGCAGGGCUCCGUUCUGGCGGCGGAUAAUGUCCUCCACCCGGGCAACCCGCCUUAUUUGGAGUAUGUCCGAAGCACGGUCGAGGAGAAACGGGAGGUAGCGAAGAAGGGACCCAACAAGGGUUACAACGUGGAAGGCAUGCGCGACCGCGCUGUGAAUUCUUUUAUGCCUGAGGGUGAUGUUCCUUUCCUCGAGACUGUUGGAAACCCCAAUCUCGUGUAUCAGAGUGAGCUUCGGCAACCAGAGGGUCACCGGGAUGCAAUUGAGGUGACUCGUUGUGUUGGAGUACAGGAAGCAUAG